AUGAUAGGUGCUAAUAACGAUGCAGGCAUUUGUGGUUUCCGCUGGCUAGCAUGUUCUCGUCUUGUACUGUGUAAUUCUUCGGACAAUUCAUGUUCUCAACCUAAUACGACGUGUGUUCAACAUCCUGAAUGUAAUGAUCUUCCUGUUUGUUAUCCAUUUACAAUGACUGAUCAAAGUAUCUGUCCACCAAUGAAAAAUGAGAGCAAUCUUAAAUGGAAACAAAAUGCCAUCACUGUGGCUGGCGGGAAUGGAGAAGGACAACAAUUAAAUCAACUCGAUCGCCCUUUUGGAAUCUUUAUUGAUAAAAACAAAAAUAUUUUCAUUGCUGAUAAUUCCAAUCAUCGUAUUGUUGAAUGGAAAUAUAAUGCAAAAGAAGGACAAAUCAUUGCAGGUGGAAAUGGGCAAGGAAAUCAAAUGAAUCAACUGAAAUAUCCAACAGAGAUGAUUGUGGAUCAACAAAAUCAUUCGAUCAUAAUAGCUGAUAAUGGGAACAGACGAGUCAUUCAGUGGGUGAAUCAAACUCAACAAAUUCUCAUUCACAAUAUUGAUUGUUAUGGCUUGGCAAUGGAUAAACAUGGAUUUCUUUAUGUUUCUGACUGGAUUAAGGGUGAAGUGAGACAAUGGAAAAUGGGAGAAUAUAACAACGAAGGAAUUGUAGUGGCUGGUGGAAAUGGCAUAGGAAGUCAACUUAAUCAAUUCAAUACUUCUACUUUUAUCUUUGUUGAUGAAGAACAAUCUGUUUAUGUAUCAGAUUCUAACAACAAUCGUGUAAUGAAAUGGAGAAAAGAUGCAAAAGAAGGAACAGUUGUGGCUGGAGGAAAUGGUCACGGAGAAAAUCUCAAUCAGUUGUAUCCUCUAGGAGUAAUUGUUGAUGACUUGGGUCAGAUCUAUGUGGCAGAUUUUGGGAAUCAUCGAAUAAUGCGUUGGUGUGAAGGAAAAGAAGAAGGUGAAAUUAUUGUUGGUGGAAAUGGUCUCGGAGAUCAAUCAAAUCAGUUGUAUAAUCCCCAUGGUUUAUCUUUUGAUGAUGAGCGAAAUCUUUAUGUUGUUGAUGUCCCGAAUUCUCGAAUUCAAAAAUUUGAAUUAAUUUUGUGA